CACCGCUUGCUUGCCUUCUAGGCAGAUUCGCUUUCCAGCUCCGGGACAGGGAAGGGACUAGUGUUUCCCACCGGUCCCGCUGCCUUCCCCUGAGCCCCCCGGGAGGUACCGAUGCGGAGCUUGCCCGCCGGGUCCAGCCGGCGCCGGCCUCCUCGGGAGCGACCCCAGCCUGCUCCCGGUGGCCCGGGGCCGGGCGAGCUCCGGCCGCCUCCUGCCAGCCCCGGCAGCGGCGGCCGGGCUCCCUCUGGGCGGCAGGAGGUGAAUGGCAAGCGCCGGCAUCUCCCUCCCACACCCCAGCGUCGGUCUCGCCUUCUCCAGCAGCAGCAGCAGCAGCGGGUCACCUCUGCGCGGCUGAGCCGAGCCGAGCCGAGCCGAGCCGCGCUCCGCUGGCCGCAGGGCUCCCGGGGAGGCGGCUGGCGGCCACCGUGGCUACCUGCGGGGCCGCCGCCGGCUCGCGGUGACAUUGGGAGGGGACGGCAGCGCUGGGGGCGGCAGGAGCGCCGUGCCCGGAGCCAGCCGCACCUCUCCCUCCCUCCCGGGCGGGAUCCGGCUGCCCGAGCCCUUCAUUUCCUCUGGCCGGCCGCCGCGCUGCUGGAGGCUCCGGACUAUAAAUAGCCGCCGAGCGCCUCCCGCACACGGAGGGCAAAGUGCCGCCCGCCGCUGGACAGGUUGCCUUUGCAGAUCUCUGAAACCUUCUUUGGAAUGCAGUCCCUGAAUGUAGGUCAGCCAAGAGUUUUCUUCCCUGCUGAUCAGCUGUCAAUGAUUUUCAAGAACCAAGGGCAAGAUGGUGCUGACUGAAAGGAAAUCUGCUUUUUCUAAUGAAAAAUAAGGAGUUGAGGCCACUCAUCUUCUGCAAUGAACAAGCACUAAGUGUGGAAUUGCCCUUUUUCUUACCCUGUCUGAUACUAUGGACAUGAUUCUGUAAUUGCCUGAAAAUAGCACUGGCCUGGAAAGAAUUGGGGAAUAGUGUGCAGCUUGAGAUGCUCACCUGUUAACAGAUUCUACGAAGACAUUAUCUGGCACAGUAGCAGCAGUUGAUGGAACUGCUCCUUCAGCAGCAGAGAUUCCCAAAUGUGCACUGAAUAGACUGCUAAAUCAUGCUCUGACAGCAUUCAUGACUACUGGAUACUUAGAAAAUUUUGUUUUGUUGGUAGGAACAUGAAUGGAGCUGGUUAAUGUAAGACAUAAGGCAAGAGGAUCAGUAAGGGUCAGGGAAAAAAGGUGCCUAGAGACAACAGCAGCUUGAAAAGUGGUGAAUAUGAAAUAAAAUAUCUUUGUUUUCUGAAGGUGGAAUUGGAAUAAAUGUGCAAUUAUGUCUCAAAGGUGCUUUUGCAAACUGUACAUCAUGUGCUUGUACCUUCCAUGGCUCUUUUCCCUCACUGGUAGCAGAGCACCUUCCGUCACCUGUAAUAGCAUUGCCUCCUGCAUACUGACUUCUCUCAGGAAAAGUGAGUGACCGUUUCUACUUAAGAAACUGCAGAAAUUGCAGCUGGGUUGGGUCUGAUUUGGUGUAAGAGUCAUAUUCUCUGCAUCAGUUUGACUAUGCUGUCCCCAGUCUGAUAUUCAGAACUUUAGAACAGUGACUGAUGUAAUUAUUUCUUCAUUGUAGCAUUCAUUUAGGCCAGUCUUAAAAAAAAAAAAAAAAGGGAAUUAUGGCAGGUACUGUAUAUUGUUGUGUCUCAAUUUCUUCCUGAUUUCUCUAAGUGAGAGCUGGAAAUGCAGUUUGCCCUGUAUGGUAUGGAGUUGCUUUGAUUAAAUGAGGAAGAGAUGCUUAUAAAGUAUUUAUAAGAUUCCAGACCAUUCCAGAACCCUGUGUCCAAGGUGCCUGAAGAGCUCCAAAGGGAAUGUGCUCUCUAUGUGGAAAACACUUGGCACUAUAUGCAGCAUUGGACUGAUGAUCCUUUUUUUCAGAUACCAGGGUUGAAUGUUUCCUAAACACUCCAAACUGGAUUUUUGUACCUUGGUACAUAAAUUAUGUAACCCUUUUUUUGGGCUUCAUUCAUGUCAAAUUGUUGCAGGAAUACUAUGUUUCAACUUUUUUUUUAGUCUAGCUGUCUCAUCUUGGUUUUAAGGUAGUUAGGUUUAGUCAGGCCUUUUGUUUCUUUCAGUUUCUUUCUUUUAACCUCUGUUAGUUUUUUCCCUGUUUCUUGAGGGAGAUGUAGUUCUUUCUUCCAGUUAUGUAUGAAACCCCCAGUUCUCCAUCUGCCUCCUACUUUUAUUUUUCCUUUAGCUUUUUGUAUUUUGUUCAGUUUUUCCAUUUUCAUCCCAACACCCUUUCUGCAUUAGCAGUAAUAAUUUCUCAUUUUAUAGUGGUGUUUUUUCUUGUCUUUCUUGUGAUCCAUGUUUUAGAGGCUGCAUAAUGUCAGUGUUACCAGGCAUAUCAAUAUUAUGUUGCAUUUUCAAGAAGCCAUUAAACCCGACAUGUUUUGUGACUCCUACUCUUGUAUGUUAUAAUUAACCCCAACUAUUAAUCAAGACAGAAAAACUAGUAACUAAUAUAAUGAACUAAUUCUGUGCCAUAUUAUUAAAGUAAGUUAUUAUUUACUUUAUGUGGGAAAUAUUUUAUGUAUGCUAGAAAGGAUGUUGUAAGGAUGGAAACAUUAAAAUGGUUCAGUUAACAAA